AUGCGUGAUCGGCUGAUCGCCAGUGGAGUUACAGAAAAUAGGAGAAGGUUUCUGAGCGAAACUACGAUGGUGAUGCUUUGUCGGAAGUCGACGAUCACCUUCUUCACCGGUGCCCCACCAUCAGAAGUCGUCGAUGAAGUCUCAGAUGGAGGAACCGAUCAGAUCUCGCGCUCACCAGUUUUAGAAUCUAUUCCAGGUGAGUCAGUCGUGAGUAUCGUCGGACCUGUGAUAGUUAUAAUUAUGGGGAAAUACGUGGAGAUGUUGGAUUUAGGGGUGAGAAUGGUGGCUAGAUUUCACUCUCACUGUCCUCAAACUGCUCGUCUGUACUAUCACCCUCCUUCUAACAGUGCCGACAGCAGCUGUAGAUCUAACGCGCCACCGGCACUCGAAGAAUCCGGCAAUUGCAUGCAGUUUCAGCCGAGCAUGAGCUUCAAUACUAGAGAGAUUAUUUUUUCUUCGGCGAUGUAA